GCUCGACUCUCGACCUAUGUAAGCUCUCGCGUUGACUUUUAAACACGUGUAUUUUAUGUAGUUCUGGUUGACGAAGGUAGUUGUAUUUGGAGAAAAACAUGGGGAAAGAAAAGAAAAAGUACACUAGUGGUGCAGCUACAAGUUUCAUAUCAAGAUCGUCAGCUGUAAAGAAACUUCAGUUAACUUUGGUGGAUUUCAGGCGGUUAUGUAUAUUGAAAGGAAUUUAUCCGGUACAACCAAAGAAUGUCAAGAAGGCAAACAAAGGGAGCAAAACACCGAAAACAUUUUUCCGUUACAAGGACAUCCAGUUUCUUGCACAUGAGCCAAUCCUAAAAAAGUUCAGAGAACACAAGGCUUUUUUGAAGAAGUUAAAGAAAGCUGUUGCUAAACGAGAAAACAAAGCAGCGGAGAGAUUGACAGAAAACAAGCCGACAUACAGACUGGAUCACAUUGUAAAAGAAAGAUAUCCCACAUUUGCAGAUGCCAUCAAAGACCUUCAUGAUCCGUUGACGCUUUGCUCCUUGUUUACUACAUUGAGAGUAUCUGCCAAGAUUUCUUUCACAGAAGGUAUCCGUUUGUCUCGACGCCUAUUGUCAGAGUUCAUGAACUUUGUUAUUGCAUCCAGGUCAUUACGAAAGGUGUUUUUAUCCAUAAAAGGAAUCUACUACCAGGUUGAAAUCCAAGGACAGCCAAUCACUUGGAUCGUGCCAUAUCAGUUUAAUUACAAGCAACCGGUUGAUGUGGACUUGAAGAUAAUGUCCACAUUUGUGGAAUUCUAUACAACACUUCUGGGUUUUGUCAACUUUAAGCUCUACCAUUCACUGAAUCUUCAUUAUCCUCCUAAGUUAACAGCAACAGACAGAAGUAACAAAUUAGACAAUGGAUCAUCAAUGUGCCAAGAUGAAGACGAUACUGAUGAGCGCAUCGCAUCAUUAGCUCAUGAUUUAGUCAAAGUUGAUAACGCAAUAGCAGAGGAUGAUGGGAUUGCUGAUGAGGAUGACGAGGAACUCAUUGCUGCAUCUGGUCUUGAUACAGAGGCUAUAGAGAAGGCAAGAGAGGAGGAAAAGCAAUUGAGCAAUUUAAAGAAAUUAUUUGAGGGCUGUAAAUUCUUCUUAUCAAGAGAAGUACCAAGAGAAUCUCUGUCAUUUGUUAUAAGGAGUUUUGGUGGCAGAGUAUCUUGGGAUAAAUGUCUGUUUCUAGGGGCAACAUAUGAUGUUACUGAUGAAAGUAUAACACAUCAAUUAAUUGACAGACCACAGUGCGAUACACAGUAUAUAUCAAGAUAUUAUAUUCAACCUCAAUGGGUCUACGAUUGUGUAAAUGCCAGGAUGUUGUUACCUGCCGAGGAUUACUUUAUUGGUGUCAAUCUUCCACCUCACUUGUCACCGUUUGUGGAGGAGCAAGAAGGGGAUUAUGUUCCCCCGGAGAAGCGGGUGUUGCUGGCUCGCCAGAAAGGUGUACUUCCUGAUGAAGAACAAGAGGAGGAGGAGGAGGAGACAGAUGAGGAGGAGGAGGAUGAAGAAGAAAUUAUUGAUGAAAGUGAGGGUGAAGAAAAUGUUGAAGAUGAAGGGAGCAGUGAUGAGGAAGAAGAGGGUGAAUCAGAAGAGGAAACAAAAGAUGAGGAAGAAACAUUACAAAAGAAAAGAAAAAUGAAGGAUUUGAACACCAGUAACCUUUCUGUUGAAGCUGGCCAGGUUCAUAAAGUUGACCCAAGCAAAUUGGCAAAGAAACAAGAAAUGGAAGAGAAGAGACUUAGAGAAAUGAUGCUCCCAAAGAAGAGAAAAUGGCUGUAUGAUAGAAUUGUACAAAAGAAAAAGGAGAAAUCAAAACAAGCAAGAAAACUGACUGAAAGACGCGAGAAAUAUGAGGAGAAACAGAAAAUCAAGAAGAGGAAAUUAAAGAAUGAUACAUGAACUAUAACUUGUAAUUAUUUAAUCCAUCUGGAGCUCAACUCUUCAAUUUUACUCAAGCAACGUACACAGAGUAUAUUAUAAUUCAGAAUUCUGUAUAAAACACUAUAUAGGCAAGCAUUUGAGGCAUGCCAUCCCAAAAUCAACUUACUGUCGCGAAAUCUAUUAACUGAUUAAUUAGCAUAAGAGUGUGGCAGCAUUGUAUAUUUUAGUACAGAGAGGCCGUAAUGCUUUUACUCAGGUUUGGAAAAAGUCCAGUAAAUUACCUACUAUUUUAAAGUUUAUGUGUGGAGUAUGAAUAUAUCAACAAUUUAAUUUUUUCGUUUUUUAAACUGAUACUGGUUUGUGGCAUGGCAAACUCAACUUUGUUUAACAAACAAUAUACUAUAUUUUAUAUAGUGUUUCAUAUACAACUACUAAAAGGUGCAUUAACAACAAAAGUGUAGGAAAUGCACUGUAAACCUGAGUCACUAGACUAGCGAAAAUAUUACAGUACUUCAUUACACUUUAUUUCAGCAAGUUGUGGGAUACAGAGCAUAAUUACAUAGGUUGUCUAUUGAUGGUAGCAUCUGAGUUAUGAAUGAAAACAAGCUGAAGAAGAUCAGUGAACAAAUCCCAGCCAGAAACAAUGAUGUUGACAAUGUUGUGGCUGGGCAAAUAACAUUACAUAAAAGGCUUAUACUGAAUAUCCUUGAAUAUAAUAAGCACACUUCCUUAAACAUGAAAUUUGAGUUAUUGGGGUGGUUUUGUACGUGGGGACCAAAGAAUAAAGACCUGCAUUCAGCCUGUUAGUUUGGUGUAGCCUAGCCCAGCAAACAUUUUAGUGCUCAAAUACAAUAAAUUUUAUUUCUGCUUCCUUUUACUGUCUGAUAUGGAAUCUAGGGCAUUCAGAGUUUCAAUUUCUCUACCAAAUAUCUGAUAUUGGGGUGGGGUGGUUGAAUUGCAGUAAUUGCCUGAAAAUUACUCAAAAAAGGUUGGGAGGUGGUUUAUACCAAAUGAUAUAUGGUAUUUGUCAGAUAAAUCAAUGUAAUGAUGAAGAGAAACUUUUAAAUAUUUUGAAAUAAAUAGUUUAAAAUUCACAUCCA